AUGUCACGAAAGUAUUCUUCAUGGGCAUCCAAUCAACCUUCAAUAAAUCCAAAUUUGUCAUUCAUGAAAUUAACAACAGUCGGAGGCAACGAACAAGAUCAACUUAAAAAUCUCGAAAGAGUUGAAGCGAUUCCACAUAUGUAUAUAAAUGUGGAUGCACCACCACCACCAUCAUCAUCAUCAAUGACACCAACUGUUAUAACAAAUGCUCAAACAAAAAUAUGGCCUGUUGAAAAAUCAUCAAAAAAUUCAUCAUUUGAAAGUACAUCAUCAACAUCAAAACGAACUCAUAAACAUAAACAUCAUCAUCAUCAUCAUAAUGAUAAACGUCAUCAUCACCAUCAUCAUCAUCAUAAUCGACGACAUCGUGCUAAAAGUGCUGAAUCAAUUAGAAAUCGACCAAAUCAAACAUUAAUGUCUCCAUCAAAAAUUAUGGUCACCAAUCCACAAUAUAUUGAACAAGAUCAACAGCAACAACAACAACAACAACAACCAAUGGUUGUCUAUCGUGAAGUUCCUAGUAAUGAAGGUUAUACAAUUGAUAAUAAUCGUUUAGCUACUGUACCUUAUGAUACACAAAAUGAAACAGCUUUAAUUGAUGAUCAACAAGCACCUUAUAUUGUCUAUCGUGAUGCUAAUUUUCAACAACAACCACAAUCAAUAGUAACUGAUGGAUAUUCUCAACAAUUUUUUUGUAAUCAUGAUCAAGAAGCAAAUAUUAAACAACAAAAUAUUCCUUUACAGUCUAUUGAAAACAAUAUGAUUUCUCAUCGAGUACCAUCUGUAAAUGAAUCACAAGUUGUCAAUCAGUUCCCAUGUAUUUGUAAUCAAUCUCGUUUGUUAAUGAAUUGUAAACCAUCUGUUAAUACUGGCUGUAUGCAAGAAAUUGAGCAAAUCUAUACGGGAGAUGUUUGUUGUUAUCCAUCGUCAACUGUCAAUUGUGUUUCAGAUUCUUGUUUUAUGCAACAAAAUGAACCAUCAAUUUGUUUUUCACCACCACUACAACAACAGCAACAACAACAACAACAACAACAGCCAUCACAAAUAGUCUAUUGUACUGAUUCUAAUCAACAAGAAUAUAUUUGUGCAUCAAAUAAUAACAAUUUUAUUCAACAAUCUAUAUCACCACAACAACAACAACAACAACAACAAUUUGUUUGUCUUGAUAAUUUAUCAACAAUACAACCAACAAUUAUUAAUCAAAUACCUGUUUUUAAUUCUUUACCAACAAAUUCAACUUCACAAUCUCUUAUCACUUUACCACAAUCACAAGUUCAACGUACAGCAAAUUUUGUUAUUCAACAAUCUCAACCUCAAUCUCAACCUCAACCAUUUCAAAUUAUUCAACAACCACAAUCAUUGCAAGUUAUUCAACAACCUCAAUCAUUACAAGUUAUUCAACAACCACAACCAUUACAAUUCAUUCAAAGUUCACAACCACAAUCGGGACAAAUUUUACAAUUUGCUUCGGCAACACCACAAUUUAUUCAAAGUCCACCUGUUCUUCAAACUAUUCAAGCUCAACCUGUUCUUCAAACUAUUCAAAUACCAACUCAAGCUGUUGCAGCUAGUCCACAACUUCUUUAUCAACGUCCAUAUGAUCCAGUUGUUGUACCAAUUCAAAAUCAACCAAUGGCUAUUGCAAAUCCACCUGUAGUAGCAUUAAGUCAACCAUCUUAUGCACCAUCACGUAUUAUUCCAGCUAUACAAGGAACACAAUCACAGCCACCAAAUAUGUUUCGUCAAGCACUUAUACGAACUGUUGCUGGUCGAACUGGUUUACCUAUUCCGGCAUCGGGUGGUGGUGGUGGUGGUCUUCAAUUAAUGCAAUCUACAGCUGGAGCACCUAUAGCUUCAAAUCCAAAUUUACUAUUAGCUGAUUGUGUAGAACAAUCAGCAUCAUUGCCAAUCGUACCAUUAACACCAGGUGGUUUACUUAUACCAUAUCAACCAUCAGAAGCAUCAGGAUUAAGACCACCUGGUAUACUUCCACGUGCAGGUGGUUAUCCAUCAAAUCUUCAAAAUUUUAAUGAUAUUCAAGAACAAAUUGAGCAACAACGGACUCAAUUAACAAAGAGUUUACAGCAAGAAUAUUUAAGUCGAAUACCAUCACCACCUGUGAUUUCUACAGCAUCUAGAAAUCAAACUACUCCAUAUACGUCAGGAAAUAGGUUUUCUUCAGAUGUUAGACCAAGUGGGACUUCCUUUCCGCCUAUACCAUCAACAUCAUAUGUUCGACCAUCUUCGACAGCACCUAACUAUUCUUCACCUUCCUAUAUUGGUUCAACUAGUGGAUCAAUUCUAUCAGGUCCAUCGACUGGUCCUUAUCGUCCUCUUGGAUUAUAA